AUGCUGUUGGGAAUGAGUGCUUGCGGCAGGGGGGGGGAAAAAAGCAGCGUGUUCGCCGUCUGCGGCCUCGGCCUCCUGGGCAUCUCCGUCAGCACCGACUACUGGCUCUACCUGGAGGAGGGCAUCGUCCAGCCCCAAAACCAGACGGUGGAGAUCAAACUGUCGCUGCAUUCGGGGCUCUGGAGGGUCUGCUUUCUGGCAGGGGAAGAGCGUGGCCGGUGCUUCACUAUUGAAUACGUCAUGCCCAUGAACGUCCAGCUGACGUCCGAAUCCACAGUCAAUGUCCUGAAGAUGAUCCGCUCUGCCACCCCCUUCCCUCUGGUCAGCCUCUUCUUCAUGUUCAUCGGCUUCAUCCUGAGCAACAUCGGCCACAUUCGGCCUCACCGGACCAUCCUGGCCUUCGUCUCAGGGAUCUUCUUCAUCCUGUCUGGUCUGUCGCUGGUGGUGGGGCUGGUCCUCUACAUAUCCAGCAUUAAUGAUGAGAUGCUGAACAGGACCAAGGACUCAGAAACGUUCUUCAAUUACAAAUACGGAUGGUCGUUUGCCUUUUCUGCCAUCUCGUUCCUUCUCACAGAGAGCGCCGGGGUGAUGUCCGUUUACCUGUUCAUGAAGCGAUACACGGCUGAGGACAUCUACAGACCUCAUCCCGGCUUCUACCGUCCCCGUCUGAGCAACUGCUCCGACUACUCGGGGCAGUUCUUGCACCCAGACGCGUGGGCGCGGGGACGCAGCCCUUCAGAUAUCUCCAGCGAGGCGUCCCUGCAGAUGAACAGUAACUACCCAGCUCUGCUCAAGUGCCCCGACUACGACCAGAUGUCCUCGUCCCCGUGCUGAGCCCUGCCACCCCUGCGCCCGC